CUUUUGAUGGCCUUCCAUUCUCACUGCGCAUGCAUGACACAGGGAGUGCGCAGCAUGGCGAUCGGCGGUGCUCUGUGUCCCUCGGACACAGCGGAUCACCGAUCACAUGGCACUGAUGAUCAGUGUACCCUGAUGAUCAGUGUGGCCCCAGAAGUGCCACCUGUCAGUGCUGAACAGUGCCAUGUGCCAGUGCCCAUCAGUGCCACAUCAAUGCCACAUAUCAGUGCCUACCAGUGCACAUCAAUGACACAUAUCAGUGCCCAUCUGAGCUGCCCUUCAGUGUCACCCAUCAGUGCCAGUCAGUGCCACCUAUCAGUGCUGCCAAUCAGUGCCACCUAUCAGUGCUGCCAAUCAGUGCCGCCUAUCAGUGCCAGUCAGUGUCACCUAUCA